GAUUGUCAUAGGGCACAAUGUACAUUGUACCAGUUACAAGUUACAACACCCAAAAACAAGUUACAAAACCAAAAUAUUUAAAAUUUGCUUAAUUCAAAAACAAAUUUAUUGUUCAGAUGUGAAAAUGUUAAAUGUAGUAAAGUGAAGAAAGCUUAUUGUGUUCAACAGACAUCCAAUGAUAUUGCGACGUUUAUCUAUGAAUUACCGAAACUAAAUGUUUUCCUCAAAAAUGUAACUUAAAUGGUACCUCACACAAACAUUAAAAUAUAGGAUUAAUGUAAUUAAAUAGUGACACCAGGAAGGAGAAGAUGAAGUAACAAUCAAAUAUGAAGCCAAGAAUAUCAAGAAAUAAAAAUGUUGUCUGCGUACGCCAGGUUUAUAGUGCGAUACUCUUAUUUCAUUAUUUUUGGUGUCGCCACAGUUUCAACCGUUCUUACAAUUAUACCCUUGGUUUGCCGUGAUCUACCUUCGUUUUCUGACCCCAUUAUUGGUUUUGAGACGCGUGGAACGGGAUUAGCAAAUCGGUUCAUAGCGUGGGAAAAUCUUAUUGAUGAAACAAGACCAUCUCGAAGACUUGCAGUAAAUCCUAAAGAAAUAGAAGACCAAAUACGAAUGAAUCUUACUUUUAGUAAAGUAUUAAAAGUUAAAGGAAAAUAUAAAUUAAGCCAUGGUCAUAAGAAAGGUCGUAAAAAUAAGAAAAAGCUCAAUAAUAACACUGCCUUUGCCAAGACCUCAUAUAAAUCUGAAACUAAUAUUUCUGUAAACCAUGUUCAUUGGAGUUUUGGGAAAAAUAUUUCAUAUGAGGAUGAAGACACAGCAUUUCUUAGAAAUCAUACAUGGAAGCAAUGGAAAUCUUUAAAAGAGAUGGAAUUUACACCUAAAGAUUACAGACACCAUAAUUAUGCGUCUGGCAUUUGUGGAGCACCAGUAGUUGAUUAUGCCCAUUUAGUUGUUAAAACCAUAGAUGGUUCUUCAUUAUUGACCUUCGAAAAUGUACAAAAUGUUUGCAAAUUACAAAGUAAGUUAGUCCAACUGGGAGGGAAGGUUUAUUUUGAUCUUUGCCAGAGAUCAAUGCAAUCUGAAGAUUUAUGUUGCCCUAUGUGGAGUAUUCCAAAUUACAUUGCCUUAAUUUCUGGUAAAAGCACUUGUGAAAAUAUAACUAAACAAGAUGUUGACACUACCAUAGAUAUUAUUAGGAAAUGUGCAGGUUACUUUCAUAACUUUACUUUAAUGGCUUCUUGCAAAAUGAAUAUUUGUAGAGUACCAAAAUAUUGCACUCAGUAUGAUGCAGUGUACAAUUUAUUAUUUUAUCUUGUAGAUUUUGAUGCAUUCGCACCUCAAAAUAUUUCAAAUUCUUUUGUUAAAAAUAGUAUGCUUUUUCUACCUUUGCCAACAAGCAGUACAAUAUUGCCAUAUUAUGAACUUCUUCAGAGUUCAAAUUUAUCAUGUGAUGGUCUCAUUAUACCUGCUAUGGAUUUUGGACUAAGAAAUGCCCUAUUUGAUCUCUGGCUUAUUCAAGAUGCUUGGUUAAUAGCUUUAGGUGGCUUCUUUGUUCUUAUUGGUGUUUGGAUCUACACAAAGUCAUUAUUACUAGCAGUAUUGUUAUUCAUUGCCAUUGGAUAUUCUCUUGGUGUUGCUUAUUUUUUGUAUGUUUAUAUAUUUUCCUUAGAUUUUUUUCCAUUUAUGAAUUUAUUAGUUAUAGUAGUUGUGAUAGGAAUUGGAGCUGAUGAUGCAUUUAUUUAUGUAAAAGUUUGGACAAUGGUUAGUAAAAGACUCAUUAAGGAUAAUAUAAUAAUUCAAGAAAAUGGUCUGACUGAUAUUAAAAAUGUUUCAAGUGCUGGUGAAACCAUACUAGUACAAAUUCUUGAAGAAACUCUUAAACAUACAGUUAUUGCAAUUUUUAUAACAACUUUAACAACAGCUGUUGCAUUUUUUGCCUCAUAUGUGAGUUACAUACCAGCAAUAAAUUGUUUUAGUGUUUUUGCUGGUACCACAGUGCUAGUAAAUUUCUUUUUAAUGAUGACAUGGCUCCCAGCUUCAGUUUUUAUAUUAGAUGUUAAAAUGUGUAUAUCUAGUUGUUUCUUUUUAGGUGCAUUUAAUAACGCAUUAAUUAGCAUUGGAGAAGAUAUCAAAGUUAUAUUGAAUAGGUUUAUCACAACUUGUAUCAUGAGAUUAUAUGUAGGAUUGGCACUUAUUCUUGGGGCUGUAGGAGUUUGCAGUAUUGUUGUUGUAUUUUAUUAUCCAGGACUUCAACUUCCAGAUACAAAAACAUUUCAACUUUUCCAAUCAUCACACCCAUUUGAAAUGUAUGACUUUGAGUAUAGCGAUAGAUUUAUUUUCGAAAAUUUUGGUAGAGAUGUAGGUAGUGGGAUGAAAAUGCCACUACGAUGGAUUUGGGGUAUAGAAGCAAUAGACAAUGGAAAUCAUAUGGAUCCUGCCUCGAAGGGAAAGUUAAUUUUUGACGAGAGUUUUAGUAUAUCAAACCCCCAAUCUCAAGUAUGGCUAUCUCAAUUUUGCAGAAACUUAAAGUCCCAGCCCUUUUACCAACCCACUCCUGGCCCUUUAUUACCAAAUUGCUUUAUUGAAAGCUUUAAGAUGUAUAUGAGUAGACGUUGUAUCGAUGUUAUUGAUAAAAUGAAUCGGACCCCUUGUUGUGAAUCGUCGCCAUUUCCUUACACAAAAGAUGUAUUUGAUUACUGUAUUAUUAAAGCUAUGGAGUCUCUAUAUCAAACUCCACGUGAAAUUUUUAUACCCGGUGUUGCCGGACCCAAAUUUCUUAGAAGUGCCAAUCCCCCUGUGGUUGCCGCUUUUGUUGUUGAAUUUGAAAGUGUUGUACCAUAUUCAAUGUCGUAUACCGAUAUGCAUAAUUUUUACGAGCAAGUAGAAAAUUGGACGCAAUAUGAAUUAAUAUCUGCACCACCAGGUAUGAAAAAUGGUUGGUUUGUUUCGGAUCUACAGUUUUAUGAUUUACAGAAGACGCUGGCAAGUGGCACUAUUAUGGCGUUAAUGCUGUCGGCCGCUUUGGGGUUCAUAGUCUUAAUACCGUCUACUUUUAGUUUUGUUGUUAGUAUAUGUGCCCUUGCGGCAAUGAUUUUUUCAUCCACAGUAACUAUAGCAAUUUUAGUACUAAGUGGUUGGAAAUUGAAUAUUCUGGAAAGUGUCUCUAUAUCGACCUCGGCUGGGUUAGCCGUUGAUUUCAGUUUACAUUAUGCUCUGAGUUAUACUAAUACAAGUGGUACUAAAUCUGCAAGGGUUAAAAAUGCAUUAUGUACUUCGUCAGGUCCAACAGCUGCAGCCGCUUUUACAACUGGCCUUGCUGGUAUAUUUCUAUUACGCUCAAAUCUUCUACCAUACUCUCAAAUUGGGAUGUUUCUAGCUUUAAUAAUGUCUGUCAGUUGGAUUUAUGCAACAUUCUUUCUUUGCUCGCUCCUCCAAGUGUUUGGGCGCGGGUCUUCCAAAGAAGCUGUUGCCGAUGAGAAAAAUUCCGUAUCUAGGGUCAGUUCCGUUUGUUCGGGAGUUCCUAAUUUAGAAAGUCAUGAAUUGGAGCAUCUAGCAGAUAGUAAUCGAACAAAUAUUACACACUCCCACAGUCCAUCAAAUAUUAGUGCGACCACAGUGGUUUUACACGAAGAUUAUGAUAAUAAGGCAGGGAAAAUAACAGUUAAUUUACUAAACGACUGAAACGUAGAUUUAUAUUUAAAAAUAACAUUUUGAAGUAUUAUUUUCUACCUGAGAACUUGCAGUAUUAUUAAUCAAAUAUUUAAAUGUGACAAUAACCGCUGAUCCAGUUCACGCUCAUUAUAACAUUAUACUCGAAUUAAGACCGUUCGUCCAGAGACAUAAGAAAUAAUAUUUCAUGGAGGCUUGAUGUAAAUAUAUUCUAUUCGGGAAAUCACAAUAUAUGCCAAUAAUUUGCUCAAUUGUAAACAUCUAGAAAAACUUAUUUUUGCUGAAAAGUCAUAAUGUAUACGCAUCGUUCCAUAUAUUAUUCUAAUGUUGUAACCUUUUUAAAGGUGUUUGUGUUUCACUUUCAUAUAACAUAUAGCACCAAAAUUAUUCAUAAUUGUUGUGAAGUUUAAUAUUUUAACGCUCCUAAGUAUGUGAUAUUUAUUUAAUGCAUAUUAAAAGUUGCACUUAAUGUAUGUAAGUAGAAUCUCAAUGAACUACGAAUUAAAGAAUAAUAAACUUCAUAUUUUGAUACAAUAUAAAUUGUGCCAUAAUUAAUAGUUCAAAUGUCUUCUUAGUUGUUUAGAAAACUGUUGUUUUCUUUAAAAUGUAUAUUUUGAUAGCUAGUACAGUGUUUAGAAUACGAAACGAAAUUAGAACCAGAUAAUUAUUGUAAGUAAAUGUAUUAAAAUUAAUAAACGUUA